AUGCCUACGUAUGAAAAAUAUAACCCAGUACCCUUCGACUUGACGUACGUGGUCUACGAUCCAAAUGAUCCACUCGGGUUGUUGAUGGUUCACUUCUCCUUGUUCCCAAUCUACACCAUGGUGUUCUAUGCGUCCUGGUUUCUCUUGUCGAGAGAAGUCGAACCGGUGAUUGUGGUAGCUGGUCACCUUGCCAGCGAGAUCGUCAAUAAAAUCACCAAGAAGAUCUUGAGAGAGCCAAGACCAGAUUUCCAUAAGGACUUCGGUACUGGCUCAUUGACCUAUGGGAUGCCCUCAGCUCAUGGUCAGCAUAUGGGGUUCUUUGCCGGAUACUUCAUAUGUAUUUUAUUGUUUAAGAUCAACCACAUUACCAACCACCAGAAGAUGAUGGGAUGUGCUGCUUUGGCGUUCUCUAGUAUGGGAGUUUGCUUUUCCAGAGUUUAUCUCAAGUACCAUACUCCUCAACAAGUACUUGUUGGUACGCUAUUCGGAGCUUUCUUAGGGUGUCUUUACUUUGUCGUAUCUUCCAUUUUGAGAGACGUGGGGGUUGUUGAUUGGGUGUUGAGCUGGCGCAUUGUCAAGUUCUUCUACAUCAAAGACUCAUACUUCCACGCCUAUCAGUCGUUUAAAGAUGAGUACGAGUUCUAUUUGUCAUUGAAAAAUACCAAUAUACUUGCUAGUAAUCUUACCGAUGCAAAGAUAUAG